AUGGCUCGAGCUGGCCAGCGGCGCGGGCAGGCAGCAGCCGCGGAAGGCGCGCGGGCUGCGUCAGGGGAGCCGGGGACCUCACAAUUCUAAGAAGGAGAGGGGCGAGAGGGGGCCGGGGGCGGGAGGGCCGGGGGCACCGCGCUCGCCCAACGGCGCGGAUCCUUUUUGGAAAUUAAUAUUUAAAAAAAAAAAAAGCGGAGGACGCAGAGGUGGGGGCAAGAGGGAAGGCGAGACACACAGAGAGGGAGACAGAGCCCCACAGUGAGAGGAAGGAAGGAAGGAAGGCAACAGUCGCCAGCAGCCGCUGUGAACACAGGACUCCGUGCGCCCUUCGCCGCCUCUGCCCGGCCUCAUCGAUGUUGUGUCCGCCGCCCGCUCGCCCGGAUCACGAUGAACGCACAGCUGACCAUGGAGGCGAUCGGCGAGCUGCACGGGGUGAGCCAUGAGCCGGUUCCAGCCCCUGCCGACCUGCUGGGCGGCAGUCCCCACGCGCGAAGCUCCGUGGCGCACCGCGGCAGCCACCUGCCCCCCGCGCACCCGCGCUCCAUGGGCAUGGCGUCCCUGCUGGACGGCGGCGGCGGCGGCAGCGAUUACCACCACCACCACCGGGCCCCCGAGCACAGCCUGGCUGGCCCCCUGCACCCUACCAUGACCAUGGCCUGCGAGACUCCCCCAGGUAUGAGCAUGCCCACCACCUACACCACCUUAACCCCUCUGCAGCCGCUGCCGCCCAUCUCCACCGUCUCGGACAAGUUCCCCCACCAUCACCACCACCACCAUCACCACCAUCACCCGCACCACCACCAGCGCCUGGCGGGCAACGUGAGCGGUAGCUUCACGCUCAUGCGGGACGAGCGCGGGCUGGCCUCCAUGAAUAACCUCUAUACUCCCUAUCACAAGGACGUGGCCGGCAUGGGCCAGAGCCUCUCGCCCCUCUCGGGCUCCGGUCUGGGCGGCAUCCACAACUCCCAGCAAGGGCUCCCUCACUAUGCCCACCCGGGCGCCGCCAUGCCCACCGACAAGAUGCUCACCCCCAACGGCUUCGAAGCCCACCACCCGGCCAUGCUCGGCCGUCACGGGGAGCAGCACCUCACGCCCACCUCGGCCGGCAUGGUGCCCAUCAACGGCCUUCCUCCGCACCACCCCCACGCCCACCUGAACGCCCAGGGCCACGGGCAGCUCCUGGGCACGGCCCGGGAACCCAACCCUUCGGUGACCGGUGCGCAGGUUAGCAAUGGAAGUAAUUCAGGGCAGAUGGAAGAGAUCAAUACCAAAGAGGUGGCGCAGCGUAUCACCACCGAGCUCAAGCGCUACAGCAUCCCACAGGCCAUCUUCGCGCAGAGGGUGCUCUGCCGCUCCCAAGGGACCCUCUCGGACCUCCUGCGCAACCCCAAACCCUGGAGCAAACUCAAGUCCGGCCGAGAGACCUUCCGGAGGAUGUGGAAGUGGCUGCAGGAGCCAGAGUUCCAGCGCAUGUCUGCGCUCCGCUUAGCAGCAUGCAAAAGGAAAGAGCAAGAACACGGGAAGGAUAGAGGCAACACACCCAAAAAGCCCAGGUUGGUCUUCACAGAUGUCCAGCGUCGAACUCUCCAUGCAAUAUUCAAGGAAAAUAAGCGUCCAUCCAAAGAAUUACAAAUCACCAUUUCCCAGCAGCUGGGGUUGGAGCUGAGCACCGUCAGCAACUUCUUCAUGAACGCGAGGAGGAGGAGUCUGGACAAGUGGCAGGACGAGGGCAGCUCCAAUUCAGGCAACUCAUCUUCAUCAAGCACUUGUACCAAAGCAUGAAGGAGUAACCACAAACUGAAACCUCGGUGGAAAAGCUUUAAAUAAAAAAAAAAAUUUUUAAAAGACCAGGACCUCAAGAUAGCAGGUUUAUACUUAGAAAUAUUUGAAGAAAAAAAAAUGUUAUUUAUAGUCCAAAGAAACCAAAGACUGAGCUCACCUGCAUUCUGACUUUGUUCGGAGACACACACUUCAGCGGGGCGACAACUUGGCAAGAAAAAUUAUGAGCGGGAAGACACCAGUGGAUCUCAUCCCUUUAAUCUAGGAUUGUUCUCGCUGUGCUUGGCUGUUUUGAGGUUUGGAGCAUAGUGGUUGGGAGCCGUUGAGUGGACAUCUCUUAAGAUCGAACUUUCUUAUCUGUUCCACUAUGCCACGAAGGUGUACGGUGUCUCAGUACUGUGUGUGCAUGUGUGCGUGUGUACACACACACACACACACACACACACACACACACACACACACCCCACCAGUGGUUAGGGACUUAGGCAGGGCUGGUCUUCAGGAACGGUUGUGCUGUAGGAGUGCAACCAACACAGUGUGGGGUUGUCUGAGUUCAUUGGAUUCGGAGUGUGGUUUCGCUCGCCUAGCCUAGAGUGUUUGAACCUGCCAGGCCCGCAACCGAAAUGCAGAUUCAAACCCAGCAGAGGAAAUUUGAAUGACACCUAAACCAGUGCAUUCUCUUUGUUUGUUAAGGAAUGUUCAGAUAUUUUUUAAGAAAUGAAACAAGAGUCCACCCAUUAAAAAAAAAUCACCUAGGUACCAAAGAACACACUUAAUAUUAUAGUGCAGGUAUUUUAUUGCAAUGAUUUUAAUAACCAAAGCUAUUUUUACACAAGAUACUAUGUAAAGUUAUACGUGUGAACUGAUCUAGCUGUAAUACACAUGCCACAUAGAACCAUGACUAUUAUUUAUGACUCUGGAAGCAUUUGAAAUAUUAGUUUUCAGAACUGGCAAGAAAGAAUGUAGCUUCAGGGAAGCAAUUAAUAUCAUAACAGAGAGGUUGAUGCAGAACACGUGUACAUCCAGAUGGCACACUCCCUUUCGGGAUCCAUAAAUGUCGCGUAAGUAGACACAGACAUGAUUCCAUAAUCUGUUCACAGCUGAGAAAACCUGGAGAUUCUUCCAAAGUAGGACCCCAUUUGUAAACUACACAACUAUGUUUAACAGGGCAGGUAACUAAAUUGGAAAAUUUGUUCCAAGUAAUGCUUUUUAGUAAAAGACCACUGAAUAAAAGACUCCAUACUUAGGUUAAUUUGACUUAAAUUCACUUUAUGCAUUUGACACCAAAUAGCUUUUUAAAAUACUUUACAAACACAAAUAGAGUGAGUAGAUCAACAAUAUUAUUAAAAUUAACUAUAUAGUAUUUGUAAUCAUCCUUAAAAUGUAAUCCAACUGAUUUUAUUGCCAGUCCCAGACAUUUUAUGACUUGGACAUCAACAAAAAUAGCAGGUACGACCAAGAAAUGGUAGAAUUGGUGGAACUGCAUAGAAAAAGCCUGAGCUCUAGUGAAAGACAAGACAUUGGGUUCUAUACGUAUGAAGCUAUUUAUUUCACAGCAUAGCCUCUAAAACAUACUGCAUUCUUUCUUGCUACUGCAUUAAGCUGGAAGCUUUAUAACAUAAAUUCCACUCUCUAGCAGGGACAGAUGAAAAACUAGACCUGGGCUUCGAAAUACGACAUUUUAAAUUUCUACUUUUUCAAAUCACUUAACCAGGGCUAUAGAAAUCAAGGCCAAAAAAAAAGAUAACAGUUGUAAAAGUAGUACCUGAAUGAAUCACUUGAUUCCUAGAAAAAUUCUCUGAAUUCCGUUGAAUUGUAACUCAUAUAAGUGGAUGCCUUUUGCGCUGUUAAGUAAGAAUUGGAUACUCUUGGUUAAUUAACACGCCUAACUAGAAAUAUAAACUUAAAUAUUAGCUCAACAAUAAGUUGUUUAUUGAGAUUCACUAAAACACUAAAGAAAAAAAUUCAACUAUCUUGACACAAAACCUAACUCCUUAGGAUCAAAUCUCAGCAUCUUGUCUAGGUCUGGAAGAGGCAGGCACAUGGAGGAAGGAGGCCAGACCAACAAACCAUCUGUGUCUCCUGUGUGUUUGCUGUAUAACGAGAAAAGGAAACGAACACCUCCUUCUCCUUUGAUGAAAUAGCGCGUUUGCCUUGACGCAUUUUGUCUGAGUAUUUUUUUUAAUCUCACCCCAAAUUCCAGCUUAAAGUUUUCCCUUCUAAAUAUGGCACAAUUAUAAUUCAGCUGUUAAAGACAACAUUUAAAUGGCCACCCUUUGAGAUUUGCUAAAAAUAUCAUCUUGUCAAUGACAUAAACAAAAAGGAAAAAAACUGAUUAACUUUUUCCCUCUCUCCAGGAAUGGAGGGGGCCAAGGGUACAGCUACAUAAGGUAUUUAUAAUUUAGGAGGGAGGAAAGCCUUAUUUAUUUAAAACAUGAGAAUUUUAAAGGCAGGGAAAUUCAAGCUGUGUCUACACACAAUCUUACCAAAUUCAAUACCCUAGGAAAAAUGAAAGUUGAAUUCAGACAACCAUGGGUUUUUUUUUUUUGUUUUUAUUAUAUUACUCCCUCAAAUUUAUCCAACUGCAUUUUAAAUUUUCAACCAAUGAUUUUAGUACUGUGUAGACACAGUCUCAAAGAAUAUUACUACAUUUUUAAUAUUCCCACCAUAAUGGUUUUUUGAAAAAUAACCAGUGAUCCUCUUUGCUAACACCAAAGAUAAUUUUCAUACCAGCAUUGAAUUUGCACCCAUUAUGCGAUUUCAGGGCCUAGAGAUAUAUUUUCUCAUACACAGAUGCACAAAUCAGAGCCUGAAAAGCAAUUUUUUUACUUGACUGUUUAAGCAUACUCACAGCCUUUGCUUUUUAGAAAUCGUAGUGAACAAACUCAGCUUCUCCCAAGCAAUACACUACUCCCAUCAUGUAUGACUGGUUCUUUACUGCUUCUGCUUGGCAUGUAGAGAGAAAAUGCUUCCAUUCCCCUUUCAUAUGGCAUUAAGUUAUGGCUCAGCUUUCUUAACCUGCCGCAUUCAGCAGAGCAGAUCACGUGCCAUUUGUUCACCCUUCAUUUCUCAAUCCUUUAGCAAAAUUCAUCUCAAAAGGUAUGCCACUCUUUUAUUUUUAUGUUUGUUUACUCCAAAACUGCACUGCAAAUAACAUGUUUUGGGGUUUUUUUUGGUAGAAUGAAAGUUAGACUGUUUUGGCCAUAAACCAUUCAGGUCCUCUCGUGACCGGAAGCUUCCCUGAAAGGGGGUCAAGAGAAAGAUGGGAGAUGUGACGUCUGGACACCCCACAAGCCCAGACUUCAGGCAAUGUUCAGGUGAAAGAAUUCUGGAUGUCAGUAAGUGAGUAUUUCAGUCCCUGGAUGCAGCUGGAACAGACCCCCCAAACCAAAGAAAAUGUGUGGGGAAAUUCAGAAGUUCCAACUGAACACGUCACUCACUCUGCCCAAAGAAAGCGUAAUUAAUUUUCCAGGAAAAAAAGUCAAAGCAUUAUGCUACGGUGGGACUCGUGCCACUCCCAUUGCUACCCCAGGUGAAUGACCCGCCUUUGCAGGUUAGAUGCAAAUUUCGCUAUACCAAAGAGUCCUAGGACAUUUUCACAUGAGCUAUAAAGGCAUUUUCCCUAAGAAAGGUCCUCCCUUCUUUGUACAUAAAGAAUGAAAACUAUGCAUUUAGCAAACAAAGAGAAAGCACUUCUUUUCCUAUCUAGUUGUUUAGGGUUCAUUCAAACCCCAGAGGCUGUUUUGAGACACGAUGGGCCUUCUGGACUAUUCUUGUGGUGUGGUUAGCUUUACAAUACAUUUGGUAACUAUUUCCUAAAUAGUAAGGACAAAGAAACAGAAGGUAAGAAAUAGCUACUUCCACGUGUAAAAAAAAAAAAAAAAAAAAAAGUGUAAAGAUCUACUAUUUAUAGUGUGAACCAAAGACGCUACCUCACUCGAUUUCCAUUGGUGAUUUUAAUCACAUUGAUGAUACCAAAGAAUACCAAAGAUAUUUUCAUGCACGGCCUUGGUCUGCAGAGGGAACUCCGCCCCUUUCCCUUUCCCCUCCCCCACCUCCUCUCCCACCCUCCUCACUCUUCACUCAGUGUGUAAACUUGUCUUCAUUCUUAAUAAUAAUGAUACAAUAAUAACAACAACGUUAGGAAAUACUACUCUUAUUACUGCUAGUUCUACUUGUAAAUCUCUAGGCAAACAUGUUGCAAACUUUGUAAACUCCUAGGAUGAGUGCCUUGCUUGAACCAAAGUGUUAAACCGCUGUUGACCUCUCUCACCUUAUACUCUUUGAAUACCUCAGCCUCUUAGAAAGGCCACUAAUGAAAAAAAAAAAAACGAAUAAUUAUUCACCGUGGUGCUUUUUCCGUGCAACCAUGCAAUGAAACUUUCUUUGAUACCAAAGGAUGACUUUUUGUUCCCAAUUUCUUGCUGAUAAACCAAAGCUCCUCCUGCUCCUCGUUCCCUCUCAAGGCUCCCCCCACUUCACCGGGUCCCUUCCCCAGGCAGGCCGUGCAUCACUUUUACCAAUUCUUCCAAAUACCUCAUAGUAAUAAAGUUUUAGGGUUAUGUUGUAUAGAGAGUCUAUGUGAUAAGGCAGAACCUACUAGUUUGAUAAUUGUUAAGGUUACUUUUAAAAGAAACUUUAUAAUUCUUAUUUAUUUUGUAGUUUGUAUGUUUGGGAUGUUCCCCCCCACCCCACCCCCUUCGGUUUGGGGUUUAUUUUCUUGGCAGAACUGCUCUGAUGCUCAAGGAAGAAUUAAUUUCUGGAAAUGUCCCCCAGGUGGGUUAAGGGUUGUGUAAAAAUGCAAGAAUGGAAUAAGAAAUGAUUUUCAUUUUGGUGGUUACUUAUGAAGUUUUUGUGUUUCGUAGUAAAUUUGUUUCCACAGGGUAAAAAAUAUAUAUAUAAUCUCUUUUUUGUGAAACUGGUUCCUAUUUUUCUCUCUAAUGUGCUGUGAUUUUUUUAAUUUAAUUACAUUUUAUAUGAGCUUAUUUAAUCACUGCUUUAAUUUAUGACUGUGUAGUUUUUAAAAUGUAUAUAGUAGAUUCGAAAUGGCCAAAGCUUUAUGUUACAAUCUUUUCGUUCUUGAUGCUAAGAUAAGCUGAAGGCAAGAGCUUCUCUUAACUGCAGGGUGUAUCUUUAGCUUUUUCUUAGCAGGCACUUCAGUGUGUGUUGUGAACACUGCCAGGUUCCCCCCUCGAAAAAUUUGUACAUGCCAAAAUGAGUGUUUCAAGGUCGUCCUUUUUGUCACUUAGAAAGAAGAAAGGCAUUAUUUGUAUUCUUCCUUUAAUUUAUUUAUUUUUUUUUUGGGAAAAGAUUACUUUGCAGGUUAGACCUGAAUGAAAUUCCAGAGAAUUUAAGACUCAUUUAAUGUUUCAAAGCACCGGCAUUGGUGAGAUACUUUGCAUUUUUUUUUUUAAAACCAUUCGCACGGGUAUGAGAAGUCAUGAGUGUGAAAACGCAAAGAGACAAGCUAACUUGAAUUUGGAAAUCCUCUGAAGUUUCACCAAGUCUCUGAACUGCUUCAAGGCAGCGGGCAAGGCAGGGAGACAGAGUUCCUUUUGCAGAGCUGGGAGGAGAGGAUAAUGGCUUUACGCCCUUACGGAGAAAUUCCAGACUGAGCUGGGACCAGGCUCCUUGCCCAUGUGGUUAACCCAUGCAAGAAGCAAAACAUGGUUGCUGGACCCCAACUAGCUAUCGAGUUUAAGGAAAAGGUUUCAAAGUUACGUAUUCCUCCCCACAUCUGUUUCUUGGAAUCUGCUACCCACAGUUACCCCCUCCCCUCCCCAACCAUGCCCACGCCAACAAAAUUGGAAGAAUUCUCCUCAAAUGUCAGGGCCCCGGGUGAAUGGAUCCCAAGCCUAUUUGGGUUUGUCAUCUCCCACUCUUCAUCCUCCCACUAGUUUUCUUUUCCGCACUAGAGAUGAUCCCUGCCCCAGGCCCUCUUAAUCGAGGCUGUUCAGAUACUUGGCUCAGCUUUAAGAUCGGCACACACACACAGAGUUCUCAGCUGCCUGGUGGCAUCCUCAGAAUGCCCAGUACCCACUAUUUUAGUUUAUUUGGCUGAAAUAAGUUAUUUCAACUACAUGGGAUAAAUCCAUAGAUGUAAAUACUUUUCCUCCCAAUACAAGAAUUUGACCUUAUUUUCUUUUGCAGGGGUGUUUGGGGGUGGGGGGGGAAGCAAAGGGAGGGCUUAGACUUUUGGUCAAAUGUUACAUUUUCUUAGAAACAUUUUUAUACAGGUUAUGUAUUUGAAUAGGGCAAUAAAUCUGCUCUGAGUUGCAGGACCAUUCAGUGCUCUGGUGGUAAACACUGACUAUUUGUUUUUAACACAAACGCUGUGCAGUGAGUUAUAGAAAGCCCAGGAAAAUGGUUGAGGGAGUAGAUUUUUACCAUCAGCAGUGAAACGCUGAACAGAGUUGUAUUCACAACGUCAUAUUUUCUGUUUCUCUCUUAGUCUCGAUUUGUUCGUGGUAUGUUCUGCAUUUAUUACAUAAUCAUUGUGGGCUCCUUUUAGAUUUGUCGUCUGAACCAAGUGACAAGUAUUUUCUAACAAAAUAAACUUUAAAACAUUGUCUUCCACUUGCUUUGGUAGUUGUCUUCAUAUCUCCUGUGUUUCUUGUCCCUUCUGGAGUCAGCCCAUCUGUCACUCACCUAGGUCCGUCCCUUCCCCCUCUUCUAUUUUCAGUAUGCCUUUACCCUUAGCUAUUGUUUGAGUGUGACUCAGUUUCCCUGUUCAAGAUAGCUUGAUGGUUUAUUAUGUAAGGAGGGUGCCUAAGACAAUCAUCAGG